CGCUCCCUCUGCCGGUUGACCCAGUGUUUAUACAGUAGUAGUCAGUCAUCAUGGCGUUAGCAGCGGCAGCUAAGAGUUGUGCAUCCUUUGCACUUUUCAGUAGAUCAUUGUCAUUACCAGAGCUCAGAAUAGCAUGCUGUUAUCACAAAAAGGUGGUGGACCACUAUGAAAACCCCAGAAAUGUUGGUUCCCUGGACAAGAAUGCCAAGAACGUAGGCACUGGUUUGGUAGGCGCACCUGCAUGUGGGGAUGUUAUGAAACUACAGAUUCAGGUGGAUGAGAAUGGCAAGAUAGUAGAUGCCAGAUUCAAAACAUUUGGCUGUGGCUCAGCUAUUGCUUCCAGCUCACUGGCCACUGAGUGGGUGAAGGGAAAAUCGAUUGACGAAGCCCUGAAAAUCAAAAACACUGAGAUUGCCAAAGAGCUUUGUCUACCACCAGUCAAACUUCAUUGUUCUAUGCUUGCAGAGGAUGCCAUCAAGGCUGCGUUAGCAGACUACAGACUCAAACAGAAGGACGACAAGGAAACAUUGGCAGAAGCUCGAAAUUAAUGUCCUCAUUCACAGACAAGUCACUGUUACCCACUCUCGUUGUGACUCAUAGAAAAAUUGUGUAGUUUAUGUGCUUUCUGAGGAUAUAAUAAACACAGUAGCCAGCGUCUAUCAUUACUACUCUAUUUGCACUGCCUUUGCGUUGCUGGUUUGAAGUGGCUUGCAUCGACCGACUGUGAGGAUCUUUUGGAUUUAAGUUUUCUCGCACGAAUCACGCACAAAGAGUUAAAAUAACCUCUUUACUUCCUAAAGAUCUCUUAUGUCCUCUAUAUUAAAUGCAUACUACUGCAAUGUUUGCAAAUGUACUCUACGACAGUUUAUAAGAAGGAAAAUAUGGGAUUUGAAAAAUGUCUACUUGUUUAGAUUUUCAGAGAGAUCAUUAUAGUUUUGGCAGUGAUUUGUACGCAAAAAAAAAAAAAAAGCAAAUUUGACUUUGGUGAUGUAUUAUUUGUUGCAAAAAAAUAAUAAAGCUGUAAAUAUUCA